AUGAAAGAGAAACGGAGAUUACUGAUGAAACGUAUGCAAAUAGCAGAAACAGCGGCAAUCGAGACACGAACAGUUGUUGGCAGUGAGGAUGGUACCACAUGGCAAUUCGGCUUCAAAGGACUUUUCAUUGCUGCUACGGUGAUAUUUUUGUCCUACAACAUUCUAUCGAUGACCAACCCCCGCCCGUCUCGUUUCUCGAUCAUCACCAAAAUGGCUCCUCAACACUGCGGUCUCAAUUUGCCUGCGAGAAUCCAGAAUUUGAUACUCGAUAAACACAAUGAAAUUCGCUCAAAAGUGGCUCUCGGUCAAUAUGAUGUGGAUGAUGGUCAUCUUCCACCAGCAGCUAAUAUGCCGAAAUUGAUGUGGGAUUGCCAACUAGAGCUUGAAGCACAGAAUCGUGCGCAAGAAUGUAAUCUUGGAAUGGAGAAGUUGACAGAGGAAAUGGCUGGAUUGGAGGAGGUUCGAGGAGAGAAUGCAUUCUAUUUUCGAACCGAUUCGUUGGACUAUUCUGAUGCGGUUGUGAAAGGAAUCGAGAGAAUGGGUGAUGAAAUUGCUAUUGCUGGAAUCAAACAGUUGAGAAUGGACCGUUACGACAAGCGAAUUGGGCACGCGACACAGAUACUGUGGGGAGAGACAAGAAAACUUGGAUGCUCGGUUCAAGAGUGCGCGGCUCGAUCCGAUGGAUCACUUGAAGGACAAAAAUACAAAGUGGCUGUUUGCAAAUACUAUCCAACCGGUAACGUCUUCAAAACAUCGACGCCUACAUCGAUCUACACGGUUGGAGACGUUGGGAGCAGUUGCUCGGAAGGGACAUUCAUUGACCCAACAAGUGGUUUAUGUGUUGAAGCCACGUGGCAUGAGAGAGCAAAAGAAGAAGAAGAAGAAGACGCCUUGAAAAGUCAAGGCGUCUACAAGCGUAUUGAUCAGGAUGCCAAUUGA